CUCGUACAGUACAGGGUAAUACACAGUACAAGCUAGUACAAGGCUACAACGCCCAACACACACACUGCAGCCAAAAGAAGUUCUGUGAAGUUUUGGGAGUUUCCAUCUACACAGCGAUAGGAGAACAUCAGCCACAUCUGCGGGAGACGACUUCAGACCAGGACGGGCACAGACAGAGGACACCAGCUGCAGGUGAAGUCCAGGACUGGGGACUCCGAACUGUCAUCACCGCCAUGAAGGGCACCCAACCGAAGAGGACGCCGCUGUUCAAGAAAGAGUCCAAUGGAUGUGUGUAUCGGAUCCCGUCACUCAUCUACAUCGCAGGAGAGAACAUAUUCCUGGCAUUUGCGGAGAAGCGUAAGAGUGAGAGCGAUGUCGAUGCGGACAGCUUGGUCAUGAGGAGGGGAAUCUACAAGACCGGAUAUGUUACCUGGGAAGGUCUCCAGAGUCUACAUGACAUUUGCCUGAAAGAUCACCGAAUGAUGAACCCCUGUCCGGUCUACGAAGACACCAGCAAGACCGUGUUCCUCUUCUUUAACUGCAUCCCCAUUGCCAUGACGGAACAGCAAAUGAAAAAGUGGGGGAACAGCUCCAAGCUCCUCUACUCCACCAGCGGGGACUGUGGGAAGACAUGGAGCGCCCCCACAGACAUCACGAACGUGACGAACGGCAUCAGAAAUAUGGCCACAUUUUACAUAUCUCCCGGUCACGGCAUCCAGACCCAAUGUGGGAAACUUGUGGUCCCAGCGUAUGUGUACGUGGCCAAGUUCUGGUUCAUACACUGGUGGUACACCAAAGCCCAUGCGUUUUACGUCUACAGUGAGGACCAAGGCAACCGGUGGCGCAUAUCAGAACGGAUUGAAAAGCUGGAGUGUGGUGAAUGUCAGUUGGCGGAAGUCACGUCUGAAGAUGGUCAGAAGAUGUUGUACUGCAACGCACGAAGCCCGUCCAAGAAACGAGUGGAGGCGCUGAUGCUCAACAUUGGGGGGCAAUUUAAGAUUGCUGAAAAAAGCGGCAAGUUGAAGGAGACAGAGAAGGAUGGGUGCUCCGGGAGCGUCUUGGGUUUCCCAGGACAGGAACAACCGGGACAAGAGCGCCGCCACUGGCUUCUCUUCUCGCACCCGACCAAAAAAGUCCGCAGUCAUCUGGGCCUCUUUCUAAAUAAGUCACCGCUGAUGUUCGAUGCCUGGUCAGAGCCGUGGGUCAUUCACGAUGGCCCCUCAGCAUACUCGGAUCUUGCUGAUUGUAAAGACGCCAACACAUUCGCAAUCCUGUUUGAGAGCGGAGCUAAUUCGCCUUACGAGGAGAUUAACUUUUGCCUGUUUACUCUGGAAGAUGUUAUGGGAAAUAUCAACAAGAAGAAAAGCUUUAUCGCCAACUUGUUCAAGAAGUGAGGAUAUGAAAAACAACCAAAACCCCAAAAUAAAUAUGUAUAUUAUAUCAGUUCCUGAGAAAGCUGAUUGACAGCUACUAGAACUAUUGUAGCUCCCACACAAGGUUUCAUCACUCAUCUUUCCCAGACUCCUAGUUUUGGAGUAAUAUGUAAUGACAUCUCAGAUAUAUUGUACUGGAAAAGCUGGGUGACUGCGAUACCAAAUAGGGAUAUGUGACUUUACAGAGAGUCCAAGAAGCAAAACUAUAUGUCGCACCCACUUAUAUAGGACACGUCCUCAACCUUCAUCAGGUCCAAAGAGUACAGGUGCCAGACCAGACUCCCUAAAUAGCUCCAGACUCCAGACAAGACUCCUAAACUUAUUCAGAUCCCCAAACCCUCUAAAUAAACACAGACCUCAGAUCACCCAACUCCAAUAAAGAUAAGGCCUAGACCAGACCCCUAAUCUUUUACAGACCACUAACUCCCUAAAGAAAUACAGGCUCUACACCACACUCCAAAAAUAUAGACCCCAGACUAGACUCCUAACAUAAUACAGACCUCAAAGCCCCUUAGUAAAUGCAGAAUAAACCCCCUAAAAUAAAGACAUACCCUUAAACUGAUAAAGACACCAGGCCCCUCCAAACUAAUACAGACCCCCGGCCCAAACCACCUUAACUAAUACAGACCCAUAGACUAGACCCCAAAACUAAUAGAGAUCCCAGACCCCCUAAACUAAUAGACCUCAGCCCCUUAAACCAAUACAGACCCCAGACUAGACCCCUUAACUGAUACAGACCCCAGACUCCAUUAAUUACUACAGACUCCAGACCAGACCCCUAAACUAAUAUAGAUCCCAGAACAGACCCCUAAACUAUUAGACCUCUGCUUUCCUAAAUGAAUACAGACCCCAGACAGUUUAAAGUUUUACAGACUCCAGAUGAGACCCCUAAACUAAUACAGACCCCAGACCAGAGCCUGUAAAGUAAUACAGACCCCAGUACAGAGCCUCUAAACUGUAACAGAUCCCAGACCAGACCCCUUAAUGUAAUAAAAACUGCAGACCAGACUCCUAAACUAAUACAGACACAGCCCCUGUAAAGUAAUACAAACCCCAGAUCAGCCCCCUAAACUAAUACAGACCCCAGACCAGACCCCCUUAAC